CAUCACAUAGAGAGAAAAAGGCAAAUGUUGUCUGUUUAAAAUAAUACUAACACGCAUUCACUCAACACACAAUAAUACCAUCAAAUGGAAACCCAACAAAGCAAUAUUUUACUACAAAUAUCAAAAGUUCAUUUGAGAUAUUUCAAGUGUGAAAUAACUUCUUGAAACUCAACAUCUCAACCACAGCCUCCUACAAACAUUUUUAAAACAGAAGUUUUACAAAAAUAAAAUCAACACCAACAACACCAAGUUAAAAUAACAUUUCUACACCAAUUUGUUCAAAACAAAUUAAAAAGCAAUAAACAACAUUUAGAGAAUACAACAACAAUACCAACAAAUAUAUCAUCGGCCCCAAAGGAAAAAAAAACCUCAAGAUGUCGUUGACCAUAAAAGUUAUACAGUUUCAAGUGCCCAAAGCCAAAUCGAAUCUCAUAGCACGAGUGGAAUUUCGAGGCGUUGCCCACAUAACAUCGGAAUUAAGCUCAUCCUCCAAUCAAAUCGAUGUCAACCAGUCGUUUAUAUGGCCUCUGGCGCGUCCUGCCACCGAUGAAGAACCUCUGAUUGUCGAGCUACGCACACAGACAACAAAAACCCUAAUCAGAACAAGUUUAAGUCAUGCAUCGGGCGGAUGGAUGGGUGGCAGCCCAGCCACGGGUACCAUUACCAGCAGCAGUAAAUGUGUCGGUCAAUAUAUGAUGCUGAUGCAAGGUCUCAUACAAACAGGAUUUGUUCAUGUUGAAGAUAAUCUUGUAGAUAUAUCAACAAGUCGUGCUUUGCCGGUCCUUGUUGUUUUCGAAGCGAAAUAUGUAUCUCCCGAUGAUGCUUCAGGCAACUUUGAGCCAACCAACCUGAUACGCUCCAUACAGCAGCAGCACAACAUAAGUUGCAGCACACAAAGUUUGGACGAUGAUCAACAGAUGCUACUUGACAUCGAACAGAACAUAGCGAACCUGGAGCGCACUCUGAACAAAGAUUCCAGUGGUACUCUUGCAUCGAGUGGCGGUGGAGCUUCGAGUGGCAGUGAAUCGUCGAGAAAGCGACUCCUGAAACGUGUCGUAUCCAGUGCCACGUCAAAUGUUCAAAUACCAACAAUAUCGGCAACAACACCAGGAUCAUCUUCCACAACACAGCCGAUACCAAUUGUACCGAGUCGACAACGUGCCGACAGUAGCCAUGGCAAGUCACAAAGUCGCAGCAAUUCUGUUGGUGGCACAUCAAUGGGUGGUGGGGGAGGUGGUGCUGGAACGGCUGCAUCCAGUGAAGCUGGCACACCCGGUGGAAGCCCGGUGCCAGUUGUCAAGGAGAAACGUAUCGCAAUGCGAGCUGUACGCAGUUUAAUGCGUUUGGGACGCAGUCGACAGAGUUCACAGACACGUGAUAGUAGUACCGAGGAUGAAGGCAGAUCACCAUUGAUUUUUGAAAAUGAAACGGGUUCAAGUGCUGGCAUUACAAACACAGGCAUUACAAACACAGCCUCAUCAAUGGCCGCCGAUGGUGGUGGGGAGAGUGUGCGCCGGGGAAAAGUUAUUGUAACCCAAACAACGACAACAGGUAACACCCUGACAACACCGGGUGCUGAAAGUGCAAUUUCAAAUCAGUCCAGUGAUGUGGAAGAAUUACAACAAAUUGAUCAGGGGAAGAUGAUGAAGCAAAUGACACGCACCGAAGACCAUUUAAAGUCACAGGACUUCCAGGUUUGCAUAACGAUAAUUGAGGCACGGCAACUGCCCGGUCUGAACAUGGAUCCGGUUGUGUGCAUUCAAGUGGGCGAUCAAAAGAAAUACACCAGUGUAAAGGAAAGCACCAAUUGUCCUUAUUACAACGAAUAUUUUGUUUUCGAUUUUCACAUGCCUCCAGUUAUGUUAUUUGAUAAAAUUAUUACUUUAUCGGUCUUGCAAAGCCGCAGUGUUUUAAGGCCAAACAAAUUAAUUGGAAAUUUUAAAUUGGACGUGGCAACGGUUUGGACCCAAAAAGAUCAUCAAUUCUAUCAUAAAUGGGCUCUCCUAACCGAUCCUGAUGAUUUCUACAGUGGGCCCAAGGGAUAUCUUAAAUGUGAUAUAGGCAUAAUAGGUAAAGGUGAUACGGUUAAAGUGCCACAAAAAUCUGAAAAGGAUCCAGAUGAUAUUGAAGCUAACCUCCUAUUGCCGGAUGGUGUACCCAUCGAAAGACAACGAGCUAAAUUUAUAGUUAAAAUUUAUCGAGCAGAUGGCUUGCCUCGCAUGAAUUCCUCUAUCAUGGCCAAUGUGAAAAAGGCCUUAACGGGAGAAGCCAAGGACUUGGUUAGUCCCUAUGUCCAGGUGUCGUUUGCUGGCUUGUCUGGUAAAACUACGGUGAAGAAAAAUGCCUAUGCUCCGGUUUGGAAUGAGCAGUUAGUAUUUACCGAAAUGUUUCCACCAUUGUGUCAACGAAUUAAGAUCCAACUUAGAGACGCCGAUCCCAUGAAACCCUCCAUUAUUGGUACCCACUACAUCGACUUGAAGCAGAUUUCCAAUGAUGGCGAAAAGGGAUUCCUGCCCACAUUUGGUCCUUCGUUCAUACAUUUGUAUGGCUCGACACGUGACUACACCAUCCUGGAUCAACAUUCAAAUUUAAAUACCGGUCUGGGCGAGGGUGUCAGCUAUCGUGCACGUCUACUGAUUGCCAUACGCACUGAAAUUACCGAAAACAUCGAAUUGACCACCGAAAAAAAUGUUGAACUAGAACCCACCCAGCUGAUAUCGGAAUCGAGCUAUUCACGCAAUGAGGAAUUUUUCCUGUUCGGUUCAAUCAUUGAGGCAUCAAUGAUCGACAAGAAAAUCAGUGAUAAAACCGUUUUCUUCGAAUUGAGUAUGGGCAAUGCAGGCAAUUCCAUUGAUGGUCACAAUGAAAGCUUCUCCACCCUGGCAGAUGAUGGAGAAGAUGGUUGUUUAUUGGAAUCGGUGGAUACUACUUCGUUUAGUAGUACCACAAAUUCCUGUAAGCCCAUAUCGCAUGACAAGAGUCAUUAUUAUCUGCCCUAUUGGGACUAUAAGCCCUGCAUGGAUGUGCGCUGUACAUUGCCGGAUUUGCGUCGACGGAUGUAUAACAGUAAUAUGUUGGCGAAGAUGGCGGAGAAAUAUGAAGAUGGUUUGGCGGAGACCAAGCACAUGAUAGAAAAUGAAGAUCCCAAGGCUGAGGUGCGGCUACGUUCAACACUGGAAGAUUUGGCCUCGGCGUGUGUUCGUUACCAGACCAUAACCAAGAGUAAUUGUACGGGGCCAGGUAGUGGUAAAACCAAAUUGGACAAGGAACGUAUGAAACUGUGUACGCGGGAAAUUGAAAGUUUAGGAAAUCUCGCACGAAACCUAAGAGCCCUGGUGACCAAAAGUUCCCUGAAGGAACGUUUCAAACAGGCCCAGACCUAUAUGCCCAAGUUGAAAUUCCUCAUAGAUGAUCCCCAACAUUCCCUACCCGACAUCUUCUUGUGGCUCAUAGCGAAUGGCAAACGUUAUUGCUAUCAUCGUAUGUCGGCAAGAGAUUUAAUUUAUUCUGCCACAGAAGAGGAGGCCGGCAUACAUUGUGGAAAAAUUCAGACGCUAUUUUUACGUUUACCGGGUAAACAGUCCACUGGCACCGCCAGCUGGUUUAUACAGGCUAAACUUUCGAUUUACUUGUGGUUGGGUGUGGUCAGCCAUAAGGGUCAUUUCUUUGAGGGUUUACCCAUUGGCUAUGACCUGUCACAUGAGCUGAGAAACGCCGAGAGACCGGGAGCCAUGGCGCCCAAUAACAUACACUAUCUGGAGAAGUCUACCUUCCAACUGCGAGCCCACAUUUAUCAAGCCCGUUCUUUGAUUGGUUCCGAUGCCUCGGGCCUUAGUGAUCCAUAUGCCACCGUUUAUAUCACCGAAUACGCCAAAACCACCCAAGUCAUUGAGGAGACGCUCAGUCCCACCUGGGAUGAGCUGUUGGUCUUCGAUGAGAUUCUAGUCUAUGGUACCAAAGAUGAGAUCAAGAAAAAUCCUCCCACCAUCAUAAUUGAGAUAUACGAUCAGGAUAAAGUGGGUAAAUCCGAAUUUAUUGGUCGAGCCAUAGCAAAGCCUAGGGUAAAAUUACGGGAGAAUCCCUAUGUAACACCCACAUUAGAAUGGUUUGAUAUUGUACGAGGCCCCGACAAUGCUGGCGAGUUAUUGGCUGCCUUUGAAAUGUUGGAGCUUGGCUCGCCAGAUAUGCCACGACUCACAGAACCAAAAAACCCGGUGACAGCCAUUGAGGGCAAACCAAAUGAACGGAAUAAUGUACCACCCCAAGAUACCAUAUUCCCCGUACCAAAAGAGGUGCGACUCCAUUUGGCCCGUUUCCGUUUGGAAGUUCUUUUCUGGGGCCUGAGAGAUUUGAAAAGGGUUCACUUUAUGUCGGUGGAUAAGCCACGCAUUGAUGUUGAAUGCUCGGGGAAGAUUUUGAGUUCGAAUAUCAUACAAAAUGCCAAAAAGAAUCCGAAUUUUCCGAAUAUGUUGAAAUCAAUUGAAUUGGAACUGCCACUAGAGGAAACCUAUGCUCCGCCCAUAACCAUACGUUGUGUGGAUUGUAGAUCUUUUGGACGUUAUACCUUGGUGGGUACACAUCAGAUUACAUCCAUACAUCGUUAUCUCUACAAGCCACCACCCAAGGAGGAUAUAACCAAAUACAAAACCAUUGGGGGCCAAAUUAUAUUAUCGGCUCCAUUCACCGAGGAGACCUAUAAUAACUUGGUCGAUGGCUUUGGCAUGCAGCCGAUGAUGGAUUCAUUGCAGCAGGCCAAUAUGAAGGAUUUCUAUGGGAAUCGUAGGUCGUCAUGUGAUCAGUUCACCCUAUACGGGGCGGCAUGUGUUACCAAGAUGGUCAAGAAACAAACAUCGAAGAAAAAAUCCUCUCCACGCAGCAUGAACAAGGAAAACUCCUUGAUGGGUGACCAGCAGGAUAUCGACGAUGAGUGCAGCCGUGAUUGGUGGACAAAAUAUUUUUGGUCCUAUGAACGUCUGAUCGACAGCGCCAAGGCAGAAAAAGCCCUCACUACCACGGAUAAGUACCUAACACCGCCCACAGCACAACAAACGCAAAGUGGAACCAAAUUCGGUUCCAAAUUUGUCCAAAAACUCAGUCCCAAGGGUAUGACCAAUGCACUGGGCCGCAACAACAAACAGGACCAACAAAGCAUCUCACCCUGUUCGGCCAAGGCAAAAACGCUCAGCAACUCCACCGCCUUGUGUCAGAUCUAUGCCGGUGACCUGGAGGCCCAAAUAGAAUUCAAUAACUUUCGUGAUUGGCUACACUCCUUUCCGCUGUAUCGCGGCAAGAAGACGGGUGAUUCCACAGAGGAUGAUAAUCGUACCGUGGGCUUCUUUAAGGGAGCCAUUAAGGUAUAUCGUCUGCCACCACCGAAGGGCAUUGAUUAUCCCGUACCAAAUUUACCUGCCAAUGAGCCCAUCCAUGUCUUGGUACGAGUCUAUAUUGUCAAGGCCACCGAUUUACAUCCCAUGGAUUUGAAUGGCAAGGCAGACCCCUACAUUGUUCUCCAUUUGGGCAGUAAACGCAUAUCGGACAAAGACAACUAUGUGAGCAAACAAUUGAAUCCCGUGUUUGGCAAGUGUUUUGAGGUGGAGGCCACCUUCCCCCAGGACUCAAUGUUGACGGUGCAAAUAUUCGAUUGGGAUUUGGUGGGAUCGGAUGAUUUGAUUGGUGAGACACGUAUCGAUUUGGAAAAUCGUUUCUACAGCAAACACAGGGCCACCUGUGGUUUGGCUCUGCGCUACGAAGAUUGUGGUUACAAUCAAUGGCGUGACCCCAUGAAACCCACACAAAUCCUAUCGCGCCUCUGCAAAGAAAAUAAAUUGGAUACCCCACAUUAUUUUCAAGAUCGCGUGGCUAUAGGCAAGUACUGUAUGACUUUCUCCGAUGAGGAGGUUAUAGCCUGGAAUGGUCCCAGUACUUGCCGUAACCGCGAUGAACAUUUGGCCCUAGCCGUCCUGCAUCGCUGGAGUGAAAUACCAAGUGUCGGUUGUAAGCUUGUACCCGAACACAUUGAAAGUCGUCCAAUUUAUAAUCCCGAUAAGCCGGGCAUUGAACAGGGUAAACUUGAAAUGUGGGUGGAUAUGUUCCCCAUGGACAUGCCGUUGCCGGGACCCGCUGUUGAUAUAUCACCAAGAAAGCCCAAGGCAUAUGAAUUGCGUGUGGUCAUUUGGAAUACCGAUGAUGUGGUGCUGGAGGAUGAUGCCUUCUUUACGGGCGAGAAAAUGUCCGAUAUUUAUGUGAAGGGUUGGCUCAAGGGUCCCCAGGAUUGCCAAUCCACGGACAUUCAUUAUCGCUCCCUUACCGGUGAGGGUAAUUUCAAUUGGCGUUUUAUUUUCCCCUUUGAAUAUCUGGCAGCCGAAGAGCGCAUUGUUUUAUCCAGAAGAGAGUCUCUAUUUAGUUGGGAUGAAACUGAGGUCAAAAUACCAGCCCGUUUGGAGUUGCAAGUCUGGGAUGCAGAUCAUUUUUCGGCGGAUGAUUUCUUGGGAGCCAUAUCAUUUGAUUUGAAUCGUUUUCCGCGAGGAGCCAAAUCUUCGAAGUUAUGCACACUGGAUAUGCUCAAAACCGACAACAUACCGACGGUGAAUAUUUUCAAGCAGAAACGUGUCCGAGGCUGGUGGCCAUUCUAUAUCAAAAAACAAAAUGAAGAAAUGGAAUUGACGGGCAAAGUUGAAGCUGAAUUCCAUCUUUUGACCAAAGAGGAGGCGGAACAGAAUCCGGCAGGUUUUGGCCGCAAUGAACCGGAUGCUUUAGAGAAACCAAAUCGUCCCGAUGCCUCGUUUAUGUGGUUCGUGAAUCCGCUCAAAUCGAUUCGCUACAUUGUGUGGCACAACUACAAGUGGGCCAUACUUAAGGGUCUGCUGUUCUGUGGUUUGGUACUAUUCUUCGUUCUUUUUGUGUACUCAGUACCUGGUUAUUCGGUUAAGAAAAUUCUGGGUGCUUAAACAUCCUUUCAUUAUGUUAUUUUACAAUCAUCCAUAUAUCUAAUUGUAAGUAUUAAAAGUUUUGAUAAAAAGAAAUUAAGGAUUCGAUUUUUAAGAAAGAGAAUGAAUGCAAAGAAAAUCACUUGAGGGUUGUACCUGAUUUUGUUAAAAUUGUAUGUUUGUAUGUGUGUGUGUUUGUAAAUUAAGAAGAUGAAAAAGAAAAUGCAAUUGAAUACUUUAUAGUGUGUAAGCUAUUACUAAUGAUAACGAUAAGUUUUGACAUACAAAAUACUACAAAGCUGUAACAAUGGGGUUUCAGGGUAUCUGUACAAAGCAAAUAGUGACCUUUUGAUAGAACGAAACAAAAAGUGCAAAUUAAUGUCAUUAUGAAUGUAUGUAUGAAUGUAUUUUGAAAGCAACUUAAUUCACUUUCUAGUAUUUCUAUGCGCUCAAAUAAUAAAUAUUUUUCGAUCAACUAUUUAACUUUAUAGUAACAUUUACUGAAUAAAUAGAAAUACAUUUUAAGAUUUAUAGAUUGCACAGUGUUACGAGAAUUAGAAUGAAUUAUGUGUAUUUCGUAAAUUUAUUACAUUGAUUUUUUUUAUUUAAUUAAAAAUUUAACAAAUUAACCAUAAGGCAUGGUUCCUUUAGAAAUCAACUUUGAGUUUUGCAAAGAAAUCCUUAAGAAAGUUUUCAAAAAAUGCAUAAUACCAGGAAGUAUUUAAAAAAAAAAAAUCUAGUUUUGUUUCUAGAGAAUUUUUAAAAUAUUCCUAAAAUAUACUUUUUUUGGUCUGGACCCUUAAUAAAUGAAGAAGAAUGUUGAUUAAGGUUUAAAAUACAAUAAAGUGUGUGGAUCCGAUAUAUGGGGACCAUACCAAAAUGUGAACAAUUCUCUACUAUAUAUUGCGAGACUUUAAUACAAAAUUAAAACACCGUGGAAAAUGUAUGAAAUACAAAUACCGAAUUUGAUACAAAUCCGAUAGGAAAUGUGGACCUAUAUAGACAAUGAUAUGGCACAGGAGGUAAAACCCAUUACACAACAUAACACCCAUUACACGACAUAUCUCUAUACUAACCAUCCUGGACACAAUACGAACUAUUGUGCCAAACGUCAAUAAAUGUGAAUUGUAUCGUAAUGAUAACAGACAGACAGACGGACAUUGUUAAAUCGACUUGGAAUGUUGUGUUGUUCAUGAAUAUAUAUAAUUUAUGGGGUCUACGACGAAUAUUUAUAUGUUUUACAAAUGGAAUGACAAAUUUAAUACACCCUCCUUUCCAAAGUGAUUUUUACCAGAAAGUUCUCAAAAAAAUUCAAAUACUUAAAAAAUCAAAUUUUUGGGCUGGAGGACCUUAAAAAAUACCUUAAAAAUCAACUCAACUCAUAAACGCCUCGUAAAUAUAAAUGUGAUUAUUUGUCAGAAAGUUCUUUUAAAGGUCAGCAUUUAUAAACAUAUUUGUAAAUCCACGGUCCCUAGUUCCAUGGUUCCACUGGUUUUAAUAAAGUCCUUGAAAAAAAAUAUUAUUAAAAAAUCCACUAUUCUGGGCAGAGAAAACAUAUUUUGGAAAUUUCUUGAACAUGAAGUCAUUGAUUUUUAAAUCAACGUUUCAUAGAUAUGAAGUCCUUACAAAUUAAAUUUGCGACUCUUGCUCCUCAGGAAGUCAUUAGAAACAUUGUAGAAAUUUGCGUUUCGUACCUAGAAAGUCUUGAAAAUAUAUGAAAAAAAUUAACGAUUCUUUCCUAGAAAGAAAAUAUUUGAAAAAAAAUAUCCAUCUGGGAAGUUCUUGAUUUUUUUUUUUUCAAUCUACGAUUCUUAGUCAGUUUGGACUUGGAUAAUAUAUCUUGAAAAUAAGUUUCAAAAUUUAAGAUUUCUGUAUUGGAAAAUAUUUUAAAAGCCCACUAUUCUUGCCUAGAAAAUCCCUAUUUUUAUACCCUCCUCCACAGAAUGGAGUUUGUCAUUAUGUCUCAUGUUCGCUGUUCGCAAUGGAUACUACAUAUUAUAACAGAACAUUUUCUGUACAGACCCACGCCUUCGUAUAGCCCCCAUAUAACGGUACCUCCCAAUAUUCAGUAUAUUGAUGAUCUGAACCUAAUUUUUCUACAGAAGUAUAUUAAUCUUAGUAUUUGGAGUUCGUCAACAACACCACUUUCUCUAAAAGAUAAAUUGAUGAAGAAGUCUCCGGUUUCGUAUAGGUACCACACUUUACAAGAAUUAAUUCAAACUCGAAAUGUAGAAUUCGCAGUGGGUACUGAUUCCUACGACAGAAAUUUGUCCACACAAAUUCACGUUUUCAAGUAGUCCCCCUGUAACAGUACCUCCCAAUACUCAGUAUUUUUAUGAGAUUGGCUACAAUUUUCAAUAGGAUUAUCUUGGUGUUUAGAGUUAGUAAACGGCAUCACGUCCACGUCCACUUUCCCGUAGACCCCUAAAAUUCGGAAUUUUUAAAAUUAUAUAUAUUAUUUUCGACCAGAUCUUUAACAUUUUGUAAAUUUCUACCGAAUGGCACAUGAUAUUAAAAGUUUGGCACGGUCGACGUCUUUACAAAAUAUUGAAAAAGCCCCCAAUUCUUGCCUAUUUUUAAAAAUGACGACAUUUUACCUAGGAAUUCCACGAUCAAUAUUUGUAAAAUUCAAUUUUUUCUUAAAAAAUGUUUUAAAAACUUGAUGCAUUUUAGCCAGGAAAUCAUUAAAAAAUAUUUUUAUUACAAAUCUUAAUAUAAAAGUGAAUCGGAAACACAAUUCUCCUCGAGAAUAAUGCACCUUUCUUAAUUUUUAUACUAGGGCUCCAAAGAUCUCUCGAUAUUUUGUUCCUUUAUUAUUAUGUCUUUCAUGAUAGAAUUUCAUGAUAGUUUGAAAUUUUUGUGAUACAUUUAUUCUUAAAUGCUUUAAUUCCCCUCUCUUUUUUAACUCUUUUUGAAUCCGAUAAAAAUGCUGGUGGUUUGUGUCUUUGCUGGAUGUUUUAAAUUUGUCCCUACAUACAUUAAAAAGUCAUGAGCUUCGGUUAUUUCGGGAUAUUACAAACUAUUAGCCUAAGAAGCUCUUUGGAAAAAGAUCUUUUUAGAACUGCUUAGAAAUAUUAAAAUAAUUGGCCCGACACUAUUAUUGGAAGAUUAAAAUCCCCCUAAUACUUAACGAAAUAAAGUAAAACUAUGUAAAAACCUUUAUAUGAACAAAUAUUUCAAAAGCGGAAUUAUAUUUUGCCCAAAAUCACCACAAUCUCAGAAUGUCUAACUUAGUCUUAAAUUAUAACCCUGGGUAUAUAUCUAUGUCAAACUAUUUUUAAUCCUCCUGUUAUAACUAUAUAUCCUCAAAAAAUUAUUUUUAAAAUUCACUAUUAUCAGUCAGAAUGUUCUUGAAAAAUAUUUUGCUUUAAAUCCUCAAUUUUUAAUUAGGGUAUCCUUAAAAUGUUAUAAAUAUCCAUAAUUAUUAGUCAAGACCUCAUUGAAUUUUGUUUCAAGUUCACUAUUCUUGCCUAGGAUGUCCCUAUUUUUUACAUAGGAAGUCCUAAAAAGAUAUUUUGAAAAGGUCCACUAUUCUUGCCAGAGAAGCUCUUGAAAAAUAUUUAAAAAAUACAGAAUUCAUAUUUAUGAAUUCCAUGAAAAAUAUUUUUAUUUAAUAUUUUUCAAAGUCUAUGUUCUGGGCUAGAAAGUCCUUAAAAAUAUAAAAUAUAUGCCAUUUGGCCAGGUAAUUCUAAAAAAUAUUUUUUCGUGAUAUUACAAACUAUUAACCAGACUUUUCAAUGUAGUAGUGUAAAAUGAUAUAAAUUGUGAGAAGUAUAUGGAAAUAAAAAUUAAAAAUCCGACGAAUACUCAACGAAAUAAAGUAACACUGUGCAAAAAACUUUAUUUGAACAAACAUUUCAAAAGCCGUAAUUAUUUAUUGCCCAAAAUCACCGGAUAAGAAAUAUGUCUAGGGACAACUCAUUGUUUUAGAAUUCCUUAUUUAGUUUUCGUUUUAAUCCCUGGGUAUAUAUCUCUGGCAAACUAUUUUACAAUAAUUUCCCACCUUCAAAUAAAAGUUUAAUUUUUAAACAGUUUUAUUAUAUAAUACCCAAAAUAUGAAAAAUUAUCUUAAAAUAUCCCACUCAAAACCAAAUACAAUCAGUCCAUCACAAACAGAUUGACGAAAACCUAUACAAUGUAUUUGAAAACACAAUCAAAAUCCUUAAUUUUAUUAUAUAGUUCUAGGAUAUUAAUUUUCACAUAGACAAAAAUCAAAAUCAACAAUCUCACAAAUAUUUUAUUUUUAAGGAAAAAAAUUAAAUUUGUGCCACAAAUAUUACCAUGUAUUAUAUAAGAAUGUAUUAUAAAUUAAUUUUUUGAGGAAUGUUUUGAAAGCAAGUAAAGAGGCAAACUAUAUAUUUUUGCAUUUUAUAACUAAUAUUUAUUGUUAUUCAAGAGUUUAAUAAUCGUAAAUCUAUUAAAU